CACUCAGGAAUAGACGGACGGGUCCUUUGCAACACGACGUAUCUUUUUGAAACCGGAAGUCGAAGUUGCUUCGGUUUGCAUCCGGUUCUCUCUAUUUGUGCUUGUUCGUUCGGAAAGAUGCUGUCUAUAUUCAAGUCCAUUCCCACGCACAUGGAUUAUAAAGGCCAGAAGCUGGCUGAACAGAUUUUCCAAGGAAUAAUACUCAUCUCAGCGGUGAUUGGAUUCGUGUAUGGUCUGAUCAUCGAGCAGUUUGGGUGGACAGUAUACAUUGUCUUGGCCGGUUUUGCUGUCUCCUGUGUAUUGACGCUGCCUCCAUGGCCUAUGUACAGACAGAAUCCUCUAUCCUGGCAGCCAGCCAUACCAGAGACAGGUGGGGAGUCCAGCCAGAAACCCCAGGAAAGUCUCAAGAAGAAGAAGCACAAAUAACUCAGAACUAUAACUGCCUAGCUGUUAAUACAUCCUUUUAUAGUGGAAAUUAUUUCGAAUUUUGUCUUGCAGUUCACAUUUGAAUGAUCUGUAAGGAAAACGUUCAUUACAUCAUUACAGUGUUUAUCGCUCAACAAUGAAACACUUUUGUGUCCAAAUAAUAAACAUCUGAUACUGUC